AUGUUCGUUGCGCAUUCUCAAGCCAACAUACUCCCCAACUCACGCUCCUCCUGUGCGCCACCCACCCUCCCCUCCCAGGACUCCACGAUGCUGCCACUUGGCAGCCUCUCGGUGGCCGUGGCUGACGUGGCAGCAGCAGCAGAGGAGACAGUGCGUGAGCCGGGCACAGGGGUGGAGUUCCCCGUGGUGCUGAGCGAUGGGGAGGGGGAAGGGGAGGGCGCGGGGGAGGGCAAGGCGGAGAAGGCGGAGAAGGCGGAGAAGGCAGAGACAUGUGAUCGCACGCUGGCGGGCGUUGGCGUGCGUAACAAGAACCUGCUGGGGCUGAAGAACAUCAAGGUGUAUGCCUAUGGCGUGUAUGUGGACGAGGCGGCCCUGAAGAAGCAGCUGGGCGGCAAGUACGGGGGCAUGAAGGGGGAGGCAUUGAAGGGCAGCAGGUGGCUCGUGGAGGAUGCCAUCACUGCUGACGUCACCAUGGCCGUGCGCCUCGUCAUCUUCUACAGGCAUCUGAAGAUGGGGCAGGUGCGCGAGGCGUUCAACGAGUCCCUGGGGGGGCGCAUGAAGGAGCUCAGUGGGGGAGUGCCGCAGACAGACCUGCUGCACAGUUUCACCAAGUGGUUCACCAACGACAUCAAGCUGCAUCGAGGCACGGUCAUUGACAUCACGCGCCGCCCAGGCCAUGUGCUAGAGACAAAGAUUGACGGCAAGUACAUGGGAUCCACUAAGAGUGCGCUUAUAUCCCGCGCACUCUUUGAGCUCUAUGUGGGGGACAAGCCCUUUGACAAGAAGGCACGCGAGGGGCUGGUGGACAAACUCAUCUCCGUCGUGCACUCGUAA